GCGGGCAAGCAAGCGUGUCGUGGCCGGGGGUGCUGGCGGUGUUUGCGUGUUGGGAAGCUCACACGCCCCCCCCUCCUCCUCCUCCCGCAGCACCACACGCCACACUCUCUCCCGAGCACCGCUGCAGCUCACUACGACGAGAAGGGAGGAGGAGGAGAGGGACAAAGAGGAGUAGGAGGAGGUGGGAAGACGAGGAGUGGACGGGAGCCAGCCACGCUAUGGACGCGCCUCUGCCCACUACGGGCUCCACCGUGUUGCUGCCUUUAAGCAACAAACUCAACAUGCCCAUCGACCAGGUGAACUUCGUGAUGUGCCAGCUGCUGGCACUGGCGAUGGCGUUCUUCUUCCGCCUCUACCUGCACCCGAGGGCGGCGAGCGAACGUGUGCGGCACGGCCUGGCCACGCUACUCGGAUCGUACUUCGCUAUCUUCUGCUUUGGCUGGUACGCGGCUCACUUCUUCGUGCAGGUGAUCGCCAGCUACGCCAUCAUCGUCCUCGUGGACACCCGCAACGUGCACAAAUACACCUUCAUCUUUGCGAUGGGCUACCUGACCGUGUGCCAAAUCAGCCGAGUCUACGUUUUCACCUCGGGGGUGUUCUCCACCGACUUCUCUGGCCCCAUGAUGGUGAUGACACAGAAGAUAACAAGCCUGGCUUUUGAGAUUCAUGAUGGCAUGAUUAAAGAAGACCAAGAUCUUACGGUGGAACAGCGGAGAUUGGCCUCAAGGAGACUGCCGACUCUGCUGCAGUUUCUCAGCUUCAACCUGAACUUCCUGAGCAUCCUCGCAGGGCCCAGCAGCUCCUUUAAGGACUACACGGCCUUCAUUGAGGGCAGCCAUUACAAGGGGUGGGAGCGCAGUGGCGUGUGCGGCCGGGAGAACGGCCCCCUACAUGAGCCAUCGCCCGCGGCGGCCGUGACAUCCAAGCUGCUGAUGGUGCUGCUCUCGCUCGUCUUCUACCUAACACUCUCCAAGGCCUUCCCCGUGUCGCUCAACGCCGACGAGGCUUUCAUCGCCUCGGCGCCGUUGCACGCACGCCUCUGCUACCUCUACGUGUCCUGCCAGGGUGGGCGGCCCAAGUACUACUUCGCCUGGACUCUGGCGGAUGCGAUCAACAACGCGGCAGGUUUUGGCUUCAACGGUUACGACAAAAACGGCCGCAGCAAGUGGGACCUGGUGUCUAAUCUAAACAUCUGGAACAUCGAGACAGCAACCAGCUUCAAAAUGUUCAUCGAUAACUGGAACAUACAGACUGCACUUUGGCUGAAACGGGUGUGCUACGAGCGAGCUGCACAACACCGAACGGUGGCGACGUUCGUGCUGUCGGCCGUGUGGCAUGGAGUCUACCCCGGAUACUACUUCACCUUCCUCACCGGCAUCCCCAUGACCAUGGCAGCUCGAGCGGUGCGGUACAACUUCCGGCACCUAUUCCUGGGCUCACGAGGCCUCAAGGUGGCGUACGACGUGGUCACGUGGGCCUCCACGCAGAUGGGCAUCGCCUACACGGUGGCGCCGUUCGUGCUGCUCGCCACUGAGCCCACGCUGCAAUUCUACAGCUCCAUGUACUUCCACUUCCAUUUGCUGUCGCUGAUGGCCGUGUUCCUGCUGCCGAGCCGACGGAGCAGCCCCAGGGGGAGCGCGGGCUCCGGGAAUGACGUCACGCCACACCAGAAGCCGCUCAACAACAACUGCUCCAACGGCUGUAGCUGUGGGGUGCCGUCGGCACCACGGUUGCCGGUGCCGCCACCGCCACGCGCCAAAAUCGAAUGAGAUCGGCCGUCUCCAGCACAACCAAGCAGUGAGCACGGUCCUAAGAAGCACGCCCCAUGUAUUUUCGUAUGACCGUCCCUCACAGACUCCUGCAAGAAGGGGGGUGGGGGGUGGGGUGGGGGUCUCAUGUCGAGAGAGAGUGCUGGGGAGUACAAGAACUCUCUGGCUUUUAUUAGGGAGGGCUGGGUUUUUAGGGAGGCUGGUGGUGGUGCUGGGGGAAAGAGAGGGGUCUGGGAGGGAGUGGGAGUAAAUGACACAAUACAGAACACCAGGCGUUUAGGCCAAUGUAUUUUUUAAAAGUCGUAAAUAAUAGAAAAAUGUAACAUUCAAGCGCUGUAUUUACAAAAUUGUACUUAAAUGGUUAUGAAAUAAAAAUUGUAACAAGUGCCUUAGAUCAGCGAUUACAAAUGCCAAACCUCGAUGAGCAUCAUCCUUGGCCCGGCUCUUCGUGUUUACCAGUCCCCUCCGUCCCCAUGCACACCAGCACAACAGAUUGAGUUGCGAGCCACUGCAUUGUAUUAAAGUGUCCUCUGACCUUCGGAGGCUGAGGAAACACGGCGGUAGUCUGUAGACCAUUAGCUUGGGGGGGGGGCAGUGUUGUUUGGCAGCAACAGUAAGUGGGAAAAAAGUAUAAUUUGUAUUGUUUUUAGUUUAGGAAAAUUGUAUGGGAAGCCACACUAUGAAAGAUUUAAAGUGCCAGACAACCAAAAAUAUUCUUUCCUGGGCCAUCGCAAUGCGAUGAACACUUGGAGUUUGUGGUCUAUUUGGUCUAGCAAAAAUGUAAUUAGAAAUUCUGGAAUGCCAUUACCUCAUAAAAACAUUUAAACAUAAGCUCACUUAUUACUAUUUUUAAUAGCAGUUACACAUAUAUUUUGUCUUAACACCAAAACAAGACCACAUUUUUUGUUUUAAUUACUGGAAGCAAAAUUUAUAUUGUGGAAGACUUUUAUUUACUUGGGCCUAGUUAUGCAGGCUUUGUCCUGAACAAACUCAGAGCCUCUCACACCAAAAGCGCCUUAAACAUAGCAGUACUAUUUUUCUAAAUACUUUAUGUAGACAAGUUUUAUUACAAUUAAAUUGUCAAACAUAGAAACAUUGGCACGUAGGUUUAACAAACUAAUCCCACUCGAAAAGAUGUUCAAGAAACAUAGGUUGUUUUUAUGUACAAACAUUCGUUUAUUGAUUGCAAUACAAUCAGUUCUCAUCAGAAUAAACAAAAAAAACUGUAUUAUAUGUUAUUUACCACGCAGCCAUAUUUUAAAAUUUAUUUUAAAUGUAAACUUGACCUAUGAACUACGAUGAAAAUUUGCUGCGAGGUCCAAUGCACAGUUGAUUCAAAUCCUGUGCUGAGUAUUAGCAGAACUAGUUUAUAGGAUUUUUUACUUGAGUUGUCCAACUUAAAUUCAUCAAGUGAUGAAUUGCUGAUCUGUGACAAAAAUAUUAAUUUAAACAUCCGCAGUAAUGUUUUAAAAUGUGUACCAAUAAUUCCAAUAACUUUUAUUGAGGGAUUCAAGUUAUUAUUCAUUUUAAGAGACUAUUCACUAUUUUCUCACAAACGUGGGACUCGAAAAAGCUAACAAAAAAUAUUAGGACAACAUAUUUGCAUCUUAUGCUUGUUUCACUUCUACAAAUUGCAUUUGUUUUAUUCCUUCUAAACCUCAAUUUGCCAUCUGGAUUCUAUAUUAUAGCAAACCUCUUACAACCCAGCCUUUAUGUGUGACUCUAGCAGUCUCAUGCUCGCACGAUUGGCUGCUCGUCUCACAGGACCAUAUUCACGACAGUCCUGACCAGAUUUAAUAAUUGGAUAUAAAUUAACAAGCCACCUCUUCCAAUUGGGCUGCUGUCGACAGUAUCUGCAGCCCACCGUCUGGCCAGCUGUGCCUCUACACCUUCCCACUUGUUUUAAAUUUUCCCCCAGUGUAGCAGGGUGGGGGGGGGCGACAGCCCCUCCACGCCAAUGUCCCGUUGUUGUCCUAAUGUUCCGAUGGCUUCUCAAACAUGAAGAAAAGACGACUCUUACGCUAAUGACCACUAAUUGUUUGCCAAGCGCGUUCGUACAACGCCCGGGCCACCGCGGCAUAGGGCCCGAGCGUUGCGUUGCGCCGGGGCGCAAGGCCCACCGUGCUGCGACGCGCUCCAUAACGAUGAGGGCCCCCACGUUGCCGAGAGCCGAUCUCCGGCGAGUGACGCGACGGUGGGGGACGGAGUUUCUGGCAACGCGCGUUUGGUCGUGCCAUGGAGCGGGAGGGAUCGUGGUGUUUUUUUUGUUUGCGCGUUGUGACGUUGCUACGACUCUAGUAACCUUUACCUCAGACAGGCCGGUUGCGGUUACCCUCUCGUGCCGACCGUUUUAUUUUUGUAUCUUUCUCGUUAGGUGCGUCUGUCUGAUACCUUUGGCUGUGCAGACGCUCCGUUAACUAAGAACGUGUUCAAUGAAAUUCAGCAGAAACAGAUUACCUAUACAACUGACUAUUUUUAUGUGAUAUCUCGCACUCUGUUAAGUAUCUGUUUUGCCAGCAGUGAAUGCGCUGUCACCACGGAGCCUUUUUCAUGGUGUCGGUGGUUCGAUUCCUGCCAUUGUCCCCUGGUUAUUUCUCCGGCAAAUUUAACUAAAGUGAGCAGCGCCCUCAGCUGGCUGAAGCACUUUGAGACUAGAGGCCUAGUUUGUGUUGGCAGAAAGGCAUUUUUUGUAGAUUUUUCGUUAGAGAGUGGCCAGAUUGCUAUUAUACUGUGCCUGUUUGGCCAUUUUUAUACUGUAAAAUCUGAAAAGAGUUUCCGUCAGCACAUUAUUCAGGCUCUGGGAUGUCAAAAGGCGUUUUAUUAAUGAGGUUAUGCUAAUAAUUGCUGCGUCUAUUGAAAUGAAAUAAUUUUCACGUUAAAAAAAUAAUUUAGUAUUCAGUAUUUCCCUUCACACAUCCGUGGCCUAGUGCCCAUGAAAUAAUGGAGCACUCACUCAUUGCAGUUUGGAUGCAGCUUGCAUUAUAAUGCAUGAGCUAUUUUCAAUAUAACUAAUUAAUAAGGUACAACACAAAUGCGCAAUGCAAUACCAUUUGCUCUUACAAAACGUCACCUCAUAAUACAAGGCACACCCUCAUUUAUUGGACUGGCUUGCCAGUGAUUUUCAUUUACCCCUGGAGUGCGUACAGUCAUGUAUUUUGUCAAAUGUGUGUUUUACCAUUUUGUGUCUUUGGGUUGCUGUUUUUAAAGGAAAAAAAGAUCAAUUUUAAUCAAACGCUUGUUUAAACUCGGCACGUGUUUGCACUACAGAUUUAUUUUUAUUUUGUGUUUCGGCAGCGGUCUUUAUUGACUUGAAGAAGGCCAGAUAAUGUGCACGGCUGCAGACUUGUGGAAUUUAAUGUUUGGAAUGUGUACGAUUAGGCCAGGACCCUUGUGGCUUAUUUAGAGGUGUUUCUAAUUUCGAAUCAUACAGUUCCAUGAGCAUGUUGCAUUGAUAAAUGUGUCGUGCGUUAUUGCAGGAACAAAGUACAGCGAAACCUCGCUACGACGUUUUUAAGGGGACCCGCCAAAUCGAAUGUUAGAAAAUGUAGAGCAAUGAGACAGAUGACUUUUGAAGGCUUUAAAAUAGGAUGUUAAAUAUGUAAACAUUCUCAAAGUGGAAAAGUUAUAACAAGGUUCCACCAUAAUUAGCUCCUCCAAGCAUCCUUCCUGCUACACCGCUGCGGCCUACGAACUCACCCGAAGGGGAGUGCACCUUUGCAGGGCAAAAUCUAGUCAAGGUUUGCUGAAGGGUUGUUCUGAAAUUUUGUACCAUUACAUUCACAAGCAUUGGAAACCCCAGGCACUUUCGUGGCUGGCCACUUUGAAGCGCACUUCAAAUCUGCAGGACUGGCUGAGUGCUGUGAUCCUUGAUUUACCCAGCCACCUCCUUGUAUAGUUACAUAUUAUUUAAUAUUAUACCAUUUGUUUUACCAUACUAUCCAAACUUUUAACUGCAAUAUUCAAGUACGAUUUUCAUUUGUAUUGCUUACAUCUGAAUCAAUCCUAACCUUGACUCACCUCUCCAACCUUGCCUAGAUUCCAACUCGUACAGAUCAUGCCACUCUGGGUCACUCCGCUAGGGCACAGUUGGUAUGGAAAGGAUGUGUGCAUAGUACAGUCAGUGUCUGUGCAAGGAGGAGGCAAUCAUGAGCUGACCAAACAUCCCACAUUUUGAUGAAGGCGUGGGACAAAACCCGUGUUUCGUUGUUGUCACUCCGCUAUUUUAAAGUUGCUGCUUUUAGGCCCAGUUUACAGCCACUGUAAAUGCUGGAGAGGGUUCAGCUCUGUAGUUCUUUGGAGCUGUGAUCAUUGAUGCGAGACACCACGAUGGCAAGAUGUUAACUCCCUCGUCCUGAUAUGCAGGAGGUCGUGGAUUCAAUCCAAACCCUGGCGCCUGUUGUAUAUUUGGAGUCUGUGUGAUCUUCCCCGUGGUCGCGUGGAUUUUUCUCCGGGUCCUCCGGUUUUCCCCUCCACAUUUAGAAACAUACGUUCAGCGUAUUUGGCUGCUAUAAAUCUCCACAUAAGCCACUUCAUUGAGCUAUUAUGUGUGGCCAUGUCACUUCCUAAAAAUAGCUAUAUAGCUCAAUGGGCGUUACCUUGUAAAAUAAAAACAAAUGUUAUAGUUUCAUAGUUGAACUCUCAAAACAACACUCGACAAUGCUCAGCUCGGCAAUUGCCCUUGGCAGCCUUGUCAUCAGUGACCGGAUUUCGUGAAGCCACGUUCAACCCGGCUGCACGCCUCGCCGCCACAGUGUGUAUGGAGGGCUGCUCUGGGUGUAGGUGGUAAUGGGUGCAGCUCUUCGUUAACUUGCUCAUGUAACAGCUGGUGGAAUGACCUCUAAUCAAGGGAGCGCAUUUUUAGGCGCACAAGGUGUUGUGCGCGUGUUUUCCCGUGAUUCUGUACGGCACGUGUGUCUUCUUCAUCUUGUGCAUGCAGAUGAACCAAUUACGUAGCGGGCACGGCCUUAUUAAUCGCACAAAAGGCCUUCCCGUGACCAUCCCACGAAAUGGUUGUACAUUAACAUAACACUCUUGACUAGGAGUACUUGCCAAAUGUUAUGUCAAGUGAAUGGAAGCAUUUACCUCCAAUUGUACAUGCUUCUGUCGGGUUUUAAAGUACAGCUCUGAUGUUUUAAAAUGUGGACCUGUUGCGAAAAGAAUAAUGUUUUUUUUAUUAUUAAACGAGUUUACAAUCA